AUCAGAUAAACAACUUAUCAGCAAACAUGGCAGCCAGAUUCGUUUCCUUCUUCUGCAUCAUCGCGGCUGCCGCUGCUUUGCCCGUAGUGCCCCUCGCUAAAGUGGCCUACGCUGAGCCCGAAGCGCCCGCCCACUACGAGUAUCAAUACUCCGUGCACGACGGCCAGAGCGGUGACGUUAAAGAGCAGCAAGAAGCCCGUGCUGGCGAUGCUGUCCACGGAUCCUACUCUCUGGUUCAGCCCGAUGGUGUCCACCGCAUCGUAGAGUACACCGCGGACAAGGAACACGGAUUUAACGCGAUCGUCCGUUAUGAAGGCACCCCCAUUCCCGCGCCAGCUCCCGCCAAGGUCGCCUACGCCGCCCCCGUCGCCAAGGUCGCAUAUGCCGCCCCCGUCGCCAAGGUCGCAUAUGCUGCACCAGUUGCCAAGGUAGCAUACUCUGCUCCCGUCUCCUACUCUGCCCCAGUCUCCUACUCUGCUUCUUUGUCCUACGCUGCUCCAGUCGCCAAGGUCGCCACUUACGCAGCACCUCUUGGCCACGUUACCUUCUCUUCCCCCGCCGUGUCAUACCACCACUAGAAUGAAUGUUGUUAUGUAUAUGUUAUCUAAACUAUUUUGUUAACUAUUUAUUACAACUACAUUAGCAAUCCUAUA